AAACUCCAUCGUCUUCGCUCUGCGCGCCCUUGUUCUUCACCACUCCCUCUCUCAUUCUCCCUCCGUGUCGCCGCCGCCUCUCUCCGGUUGUUGCAGCGCCGUCGUCUUCCCUGCUGCCGCAGCCUCUCUACCAGCGGUUUGCACUCAUUCUCCCUUUCCUGUCGCCUUCGCCAUCGUCUUCCCUUCUGCCGCAGUCUCUCUCCAGCGGGCUUGUACUGAUUUUCAACUAUAUCGUUGUUACUGAUUAACCAAUUCAAAAUCCAAUGGGGAGGGCCAAGAAAGGACCCAAAUUUGCAGUCGUGAAGAAGAUGAUCUCUUCUAAAGCGAUUAAAAACUACAAGGAAGAGGUCUUGAAUCCAAAAAAGAAAGAUCUAACGAAAGAAAAUCUCCCGAGAAACGUUCCAAAUGUUCCUUCAGCACUUUUCUUCAAAUACAACACUGCAUUGGGGCCCCCUUAUCGGGUUUUGGUGGAUACAAAUUUCAUCAAUUUCUCCAUUCAAAACAAAUUGGACUUGGAGAAGGGAAUGAUGGAUUGUCUGUAUGCAAAAUGCACCCCUUGUAUAACAGAUUGCGUGAUGGCUGAACUUGAGCGAUUAGGUCAGAAGUAUCGCGUUGCUCUUAGAAUAGCUAAGGACCCACGAUUCGAGAGACUACCAUGUACUCAUAAAGGAACCUAUGCUGAUGAUUGCCUUGUCGAAAGGGUGACUCAGCAUAAGUGUUAUAUCGUUGCCACUUGUGACAGAGAUUUAAAGCGUAGGAUUCGUAAGAUUCCUGGUGUACCAAUCAUGUACAUAACCCGACAUCAGUAUUCAAUUGAGCGGUUGCCUGAAGCAACAAUGGGAGGAGCUCCAAGGAUGUGAUUGUGGCAGUUUGCAAGGAUGACAAAAGGAAAAGAAUUUUUGAAGAGGUUUCCCCAUGUAACUUACUUUUGGCCUUAGGUUAAUGCUGUAUUUAUACGGUGUUUAAGAUUAUAUUUUUGACUGGCAUGAGCUUAGUCUGAUAGAAUUAAUCACAUAUUUGUUUGAAUGAAUAUCAGCCAUAUCAUAUAUGGUGGAUUUGCUUCUCCA